AUACAGGCCCUGGCGCACUGCUCUGCCAGAGAGAACUCAGACCACUCCGCUGGUCCGCCCGCUGUCCUCUGCACCUCUGCUACCCCAACAAAACCAGGACGACGCCUCGCGCGGCGCUGUCAUGCUCCCGCCGUUCGGCAACCCGCUCUGGGUACCGGAGGACGUCGACGACCAGCAGCAGCACCACGCGCCGCCGCCGACGCCCAUGGGGUUGGGGCCGGGGCAGGGGCACGAUGAACAGAACCUCCUGGCCCUGGCCUCCGCCGCCGCCAUGGGGGCCGGCGGUAUUUUCAGCUCGCCAGCGGUGCUCGACGACGACUGGUACUUCGACCCCGUGGCUGCGGCCGCCGCCGCCGGCGCUCAGGGGCAGCUGCUCCUGGCACCGCCGGGCCCAGCGCCCGACGCCGGGUCGCAGAUGUUCUCGCUCUUCAACGUCGGCGGCGCCGCGACGUUCGACGUCCAUGGGUUCGACCUCGGCCUCGGCGGCGGAGGCGGUGGCGACCUGGUCCCGUUUGCCGGCGCGGGGAAUGCGUCGAAUUCCGCGUCCUUUUCCCUGGUACCGGCAGGGAACGCCGGCGGCUUCCUCGGCUCGUUCGGCGGCUUCGGUACAGCGCCGGCGCAAAUGCCGGACUUUGGCGGGCUCGGCGGGUUCGACAUGUUCAACAGCGGCGCCGGCUCCUCCUCCGCGGCGCCCCCUCCUCCUGCCUCGGUGUCACUGACGGCGCCCUUCUCUGGGCGCGGGAAGGCCGCCGUGCUCCGCCCGCUGGAGAUCUUCCCGCCCGUGGGCGCGCAGCCGACGCUGUUCCAGAAGCGCGCGCUCCGCCGCAACGCCGGCGAGGAGGACGACGACAAGAAGCGCAAGGUGGAGGCCGUCGCCGCGGCCGCGGGGGCUUCCUCGGGCGGCGGCGGUGACACGGUGCUGGACGACGCCGACGACGACGACGGCGGGAGCAUCGACGCGUCCGGGCUCAACUACGACUCGGAGGACGCCAGGGGCGUUGAGGACAGUGGGAAGAAGGACGGCAAGGACUCCAACGCCAACAGCACGGUGACUGGCGGCGCCACGGGCGACGGGAAGGGUAAGAGGAAGGGGUUGCCGGCCAAGAACCUCAUGGCAGAGCGCCGUCGCCGGAAGAAGCUUAAUGACCGGCUCUACAUGCUCCGGUCCGUCGUGCCCAAGAUCAGCAAGAUGGACAGGGCCUCCAUUCUCGGCGACGCAAUCGAGUACCUGAAGGAGCUGCUGCAGAAGAUCAACGAUCUUCAGAAUGAUCUGGAGUCGUCCCCUUCCACGGCCUCGCUGCCUCCGACGCCCACAAGCUUCCACCCUCUGACCCCGACGCUGCCCACUUUACCGUCUCGCGUGAAGGAAGAGCUGUGCCCAAGCGCAUUGCCUAGCCCUACUUCUCAGCAACCGAGGGUUGAGGUGAGGAUGAGGGAAGGCCGGGCAGUGAACAUCCACAUGCUGUGCGCUCGCAGGCCCGGUCUCCUGCUCUCUGCCAUGAGAGCGAUCGAAGGCCUCGGCCUCGAUGUCCAGCAAGCUGUCAUCAGUUGCUUCAAUGGGUUUUCCUUGGACAUCUUCAAGGCCGAGCUGUGCAAGGAAGGCCCUGGGCUUCUGCCGGAGGAGAUCAAGUCCGUGCUCCUGCAGUCCGCUGGGUUCCAUGGCGGCGUGAUGCCGUGAGCUAGGACAACAAGACCGCUGAAAAAGAGACAGAGAGAGAGAGAAAAGAAAGAACAAUGUAGCUAAGGGGAAGUUUACAUGAACUGGUGUUUCCAGUCUCAGGGUUGGUUUUCGUCUUUUAACAGUUUGAGACCGUUACAGACCUGCUAGUCUUCCUUUAAUUAGUCUGAUAGAGUAGAAAAUAAUGCCGGUGUUCUCCUUCCUGGUCUGUUCUAGUUCUUGGUACAUGCUUUUGCCCUGUUCAGUUAGCUAGCUCUAUCUCAUGAAAUUCCGAAUCGAAAUCAGGUGCCAGUCAAAUCCGUGUCAGGCUCUGUUCGGUUGUUAUGGAUUUGAGCUCUGGAUUGAUUCCUA